AUGUCGACGACAACAACAACAAGAACAACAGCAAUAGCAGCAGCAGCAGUGCUCGAUACAGACACAGACAAACCAGACUACAUCCCACGCGGCCCUGUUUCAGCAGAGCUCUCGUUCUUCAGCCGCCCUGCUGACGGCUCCGUUCCCUACAGCUACGUUGAAGAACCCCCCGCGGGCCAACCGCGCUCAAACUUCCAGUUGACCUCUCACAAGGUCACCCUGGACGACAUCCGCGGACACGAGCAAGAAUACAACCUCGACAAAGACGCCUUUCAAGUAUACAGCGGCGUCUCAUCGGCAACAACCUACGAGACCUUCAAUGAGGACGAGCAGGUCAAGAAACUGUAUUACCCAGAAGUCGAGCAGUUCCUGCUCGGAAACGUCCCUGGCGCACACAAGGUGAUCUUGUUCGACCAUACAAUCCGCCGUCAAGAUCCGAAUGCACACCGCCAACCGGUCAACUCUGCACACUCCGACCAGACAGAUCGCGCCACCGAGUGGCGUGUGCGUCUGCACGUGGAAGACAAAGACGAGGCCGAGACCCUUCUCAAGGGCCGCUAUCGCAUCAUUAACGUCUGGCGGCCCAUCAACGGCGCCGUGCAAGCCGCGCCGCUGGCAGUCGCAUCUGCGGCCUCGGUCGAUGAAAGCAAGGACCUGGUGGCGGUUGAGCGCCGCGCUCCGGAUCGCACGGGCGAGACCAUGGGCGUAAUCUACAACCCGACGGUGCAGUGGAAGUACUGGUCUGGCAUUGACAAUGAUGAGCGCAUCCUGCUCAAAUGCGCCGAUAGCCAGCCCGGUGUUGGCAAGAGGUGUCCUCACACAGCAUUUGUGGAUCCGAGGACGCCCAAGGGUGCGAAGCCCAGGGAGAGCAUUGAGGUGAGAGCAUUAGUUUUUGGAUAG